AACGCCCCCUGGUGGACCUCGUGCUGUCUCCUGUAUAUAUAUUGGAGAGAAGAGACCUUGAAGAGGCAGACUCGCGACGGACCUGGAAAGAACAAGAUGAGGUUGGCAUCAGUGUGGGCGGUUUGGGCGGUGAUGGUGGGCGUGGGGAUGGCAGUACCCAGCAGCACCAGGAACGAACGUCAAGUGGUGUACACGAACCAUUACCCCUCUCUCCUGUACAUCGACUCCGCCGACGGGUCAACCCAGCUCAAUACCAGGACCUCUUCCUCCGACACUUCAGACAUCAUCCAGAUCAUCAUCCACCCUUACUCCCCCAAUCCACCACCCCCCAGAAAAGCAGUGGCGGUGUUGGAAGGGUCAGUGGAAGGCACCUUGGUACUGACGCAGGACACGCCUCCCACAGGAGCUACCAGGGUUGAGGGAACGAUAACUGGCCUUACACCUGGUCUUCACGGCUUCCAUGUUCAUCAAUUUGGCGACCUGUCUGGCGGCUGUGGCACUGCUGGCGGUCACUACAACCCCUUUAGAAGGAACCACGGCCACCCUGACAACCUGCAGCGACACGUGGGCGACUUGGGCAACAUCCUGGCGGACAACAACGGUACCGCGUAUGUCAACAUCACGGACGAGUUGGUGACGUUGGUGGGGCCGAGGGCAGUGGUGGGUCGUGCGGUGGUCGUUCAUGCCGGGGAGGACGAUGUAGGACUUGGUGGUGAUGCUGAGAGUCUCAAGACAGGCAACGCUGGAGGCCGCGUAGGCUGUGGUGUCAUCGGAUAUGCGUAAAAAAAAAAAGGUGUCCUAUACGCCGAGAGAGUUUGGGAGUCCUACACCUACACGAGGGCCACAGGAACCACCAUGAACAAGGACCUCAGCACUCUCCAACACUCUUCCUGUGACGCUCCUGAAGGCAGUAUUAUGACUCCUUCACUACAAAUAGCAUCACAAAAUACCCUGGGCUGACCUUAGUUGUUCUUCACACUGUCACGUUCAUCUUCCGUACCUCACUACAGCAAUCUAGCGAACACAGACCAUUACAUUGACGGACUAAAUAACCUUGUAUUUCCUGUAGUCUUCCUCAUAACUACUUGUAAUGGCUUGGAUCAACAAAUAAAAGAAGAAUGACA